AUGGAGACCAUCAGCAACCUCACUGCCGCCGCCUCCAAGGCUGUUUGGGGAGACAACCAAACUGCCAACAAGGAGCCCGUCUCUGGGGUCCAGGGUGACACCAGGCAGGGCGAGCCAUACGAUGCCGGCAACUUGGAAACGCCCCAGCAGGAAAAGGUGGCACAAACCUUUGGCAGCCACGGCGAGGAACGCGCAACAGGCCUUGGACAUGAAGCCCCCGUCUCCAAGCCCACCGACGCGACAAACGCUGCUUCAGCCACACCUUCAGUUCCCGCUCCCAAUCCUCACUCAAAGGAUACCUCUGCCGGCCAGAAUGACACCCGUGACCCGGCGCAGGCGGACAAGGGUAACAAGGACCUCCACGAUGUUGACGACACCUCUGAGGGCACCGACGUCAAGCUCGGAGAGGGUCCUGGACCUCAGCCUAUCGAGAAGCUUGCCAAGGAGCAUGGAGGUGAUGCGGGCAAUGCUCCUGUUGAGGGAACUUCUCACAAGCCUACUGAGGUUGGCUCCGAGGGAGCCACAGAGUCAUCCAAGUCUGAGAAUCAACCCCAUGACCCCAAGGAGGACGAGUAUGUCACUGCUAGCGGUUUUGCUGCCGAUGGUGGUGACUUUGAUGCUUCCAAGCCUGGUGCUGGACGUGAAGCUGACCGCCUGUUGGAGCAAAAGGGUAUUCACCUUGGUGAGAGCGGAGGCUCAGAUCACUCCAAGACGGAAUCGCACUCCGGCGGCAAGCACCACGGAUCUGAUGAGAAGAAGGACAAGCCAAGCAUCGGUGAGCGCAUUAAGGCCAAGCUCCACAAGCACUAA